GCCGAAGACAAGGCCAUCUACAGACGUCUGCAAAAUUGACGAAGACGUAAACUCGGGUAGGCUUGUUUUUAAAAAUAGAAGUUGUUCGUUUCACCCUUUUCUACAACUUUAUCACGAAAUGGACGAGGAAGUAACUGCUCCAUUCUGGAUCUCAUUUUUCGUCGAAGCUGGAAUACCUCCAGCGGCUGCAGCAAACUACGCCAUAAUAUUCACAGAAAAUCGUAUUCAAAAACACAUGCUGCUCGAUUUAACCAAGGAAUACCUCAAAGAUAUGGGAAUCACUGUCUUAGGGGAUGUAAUUGCCAUUCUCAAGCAUUCCAAACGUUACCAUGAGAAGGUUGCAAGAGAGAAAGUUCUUGCUAUUGACAAAGAGACUUCAGUAAUGAAAGCAACAAAGCAUUUGAAUGAAAUGCUGCUAAAAGAUGAUAUACCCAAAUCGGUAGUUAAUAAUGUUAAAAUAUCAGUUCCGAAAAUCAAUACAGUGACAAGGCCUUCUCCUCCUAAAAAAUUAAAAACCACCAAACCUGAAGUCUUAAAGGAUACAGAAGAAAUUGAAUGGGUAGAGGAGGUAGAAGAGUUUGAGGAACUUAAGAGGAAAGUCAUCCCUCCCAAAUUGCCUACUAAAAAAGCUGCACCAGUUGUGAAUCCAACUAAAGUGGUCAAAAAGACUUCAGUCUUUGACCGCCUAGGAGAGAGCAACGUGACAAGCACCACUCCUGAAAUUCAAGACUCUCCUACUAAUGCCACUGCCGCCUCCAAGAUACAACCGAGUUCAGUUUUUCGCCGAUUGGGUGGUAUUCAAGAGAAGAAAGAAUCUCCAAUGGACGUCAAAGCCGUCACAAGAACGCUGAUCAGUACUUUACCAGGCAAAACGGUUAAGAAAGUCGCGACGAAACCAAGCAAAGCGUCAGAUUCGAGUAAGUCUUUCCUCAGAAUGGACAUCGAAAAUUCAGCUAUUAAACAGAGUGCAAGAGAGCGACUUGGGCUUGACAGGCCAAGCAGCUCCAAGAUAAGUGUCGUUUCUACAAAGGUGGCUCCAAAAAAUCCCAUAAGAACUAUAGUCUCACCCAAGGAGAUCCAACAAAAACGGCUUGUCAGGCCACCUCAAUCAUCAUCGUCAUCAAUAAAACAUCAGUCAAGUGGAGUGAAACAACGUUUAGGAUCUGUUGCUGUUAUUAAAAGCAGCUCAUCGACGACGUCUUCUAGCGUUUUCAAUCGACUUGGCGUUAAUAAGAAAUGAAAUCGAUUGUGAUUUUUUACUUUUCUUCUUAAUCAUAAACAGUUAAGACUAUUGAUAAUACACUCAUCUUCACAUUCUA